AUACCCCAGUUGUGACAGUUGAGACAUGAGAGUUGGCUAAUAAUAAUUUGGUCAGGAUUACGUUCUAGCUGGUUCUAGUAUUGAAACAUUCAAUAGACUAAGGAUUACAGAAAACCGGAAUUUAUUUUUACUUCUGUCAAGAACAUGAUUGCUUGAUUUCUUUUUUUCGCCGAAAAUAGAGAUAACUGGAAUGGCUAGUCCUCGUUCAUCAACUUCAUUAAACCCACCAGAAAACGGAACGUCACUUAUUCCAAACGACUGCCCAUCGGCGCGAUUUAACACAACUCCCGCUUUGCAGAAAAGUCAGCAUGUAUCAAGAAUUGCAAAUCAUAAUCAAGAAAUUGACCAGGAAGAGCUUGAGGAUAAAGAAGAAUUGAAGUAUGAAGCAGCUCACGUAAUUACACUUUUUGUCCCUGUCUCACUAUGCAUGAUGGUUGUUGUGGCCACCAUCAGCUCAGUAACCUACUAUACAAAAAAAGGAAUAUACUUGGUAUAUACACCAUUUCAUGAAGAUAGCCCAGACACUGGAACCAAAGUGUGGAAUGCUGUGGCAAAUUCAUCAAUUCUCCCUAGUAUACAUUUACCGUUUGAACAUAGUAGGCGCAUGGCUUACGCUUUCUAUACGCUAGGUUCUGGUACAUAAAGGGUUAUAUCUACCGUCAGAAAUAACUGAAGGAAAAAGUCGGGGGGGAAGAAUAAAUAUGAUUAUCUUACCAGUAUACAACCAAUAUAAUUACCAGGUUUCUAAACAGUAAUGAGGUUUUUUGGAAUCAGU